GAAACAGAGGCCGUCGUGACGUCAACAUCCUAUGGUCCACAUGAGCCGCUCAUUUCCAAAACAAACAAAAUGGCUGCUCAUAUGAGAUGGGGUCUUCAGCGCCUACUCCGGGCAAGAAAUUCGGCUCAAAUCAGGGUUCCAGACAAGCCAAUAACAUUGUACCACACGCAGUGCACGGCCCAGAGUCUCAGAAGACUUAAGUCAGGGACGGAAACCACAUACUGCACUAUUAGAAACCUGUCCAUCCAGACACAAGACACUCCAAACCCAAGAAGCCUGAAGUUCCUCCCUGGUAAACCUGUCCUAGGAAGUGGGACACUUGAUUUUCCUUCUCCAAGCUCAGCUGAAAGUUCAUCUUUAGCCAGGACCUUGUUUGAAAUUGAAGGAGUUAAAAGUGUGUUUUUUGGCCCCGACUUCAUAACUGUUACUAAGGAAGAUGAGGACAUGGACUGGACAGACAUCAAACGUCACGCUCUGGAGGCUAUUACCAAUUUCUUUGAGAGUGGGGAUCCUGUAACAACAACAACAGCCGUACACGGCGAAAGCACUCUGUCUGAAGAUGAUGAUGACAUUGUAUCAUUGAUCAAAGAGCUUCUGGACACUAGGAUCAGACCUACAGUGCAGGAGGAUGGAGGUGACGUGAUCUUUAAGGGUUUUGAGGCAGGCACGGUGAAGCUGAAGCUAGUUGGUUCCUGCACCGGUUGUCCCAGCUCCACCGUCACCCUGAAGAACGGCAUUCAGAACAUGAUGCAGUUUUAUAUCCCUGAGGUGGAAAACGUGGAGCAGGUGGAAGAUGAAGUGGACGAAAUCAAUGCAAAGGUUUUCGAAGAGUUGGAGCGCAAAUUACAAAAGUAACCCAUGACCAACACGCUCAGAAUUUCUCAUGGUAUUUAACACGUAUGCCUGCAUUUUAAUCCACUAAAUGAUACAAAGGCGAAGAAGCAGCCAUUUCCUACUUACGCAUCUUAUACUGUUUAAAAUUUGCGCUUUCCAGCACAUACUAUGUACACCUGUUGACCUGUACUCAAAGGAUACUGCUGUGUUUCUGCCUAGACGAAUAUUCCGCAGUGCUGAAUUCAAAUGUUGUAUUUAUUUCUUACAGUUAUAAUUUCUUAUUGUAUAUUUUGAGAGAAUAUUUUCAUAGGAUGGAGAUGUUUUGAAAAGUGAAUGUGGCCGUGCGUGAAGAAGAAAAUGGUCAUGCUUGAAGAAGAUUAUUCAUGAUAUUCCAUUUCUUGAUGCCAUACACUGUAUAAAACAUACUGUAACAGUUUGUUCAUGGUUCAUCUGUAAAUUAAAUCAAACAAGAAAAGGUUUUAUUUAAAAAUGUUGUAGUAAAAUGUUUGAUGUGACAAUAUUUCUGAAGAUGUACUUUAUUCAUGUGUUUCUCUGUGCACCAUAUUGUUUCAUAUUAAACGAAAAACUGAAAGUUC